GCCUUAAUAUAUCGAAGGUUGUUGUAUAUGACGCUGAGGAAGAUUUUAAACAUUUUAAAAAGCCGGCGAAACUUAACUGAAUUCGUAUAGAGAAAGAUUGUAUUCUUGUUAUUUUAUUUUUUCCAUCAGUCACUUAAAUAAGUAAAAAUGGAGAUAACGAGUGAAAAUUUGCAAACUUUAAGUGAAUAUUUGAAGCAUUCUUUAAGUCCUGAUGUGAAUACUAGACGACCAGCUGAAAAAUUUCUUGAAUCUGUUGAAGUGAAUCAGAAUUAUCCUGUACUUUUACUACAUUUAAUUGAUAAGUCUGACUUUGACAUGACAAUUAGAACUGCAGGAUCAGUUGCAUUUAAAAAUUACAUUAAACGAAAUUGGAAAGUAGACGAAGAUUAUGGAGAUCGCAUACAUGGUCAGGAUCGAGAAGCUAUAAAAAGAUUGAUUAUAAAUCUAAUGUUGCACUCUCCUGAUUCAAUUCAAAAGCAACUUUCGGAUGCGAUAUCGAUAAUUGGUAAAUACGACUUUCCAGACAAGUGGCCGGAUUUAAUUGAUCAAAUGGUGGAGAAAUUUAAUACGGGAGAUUUCCAUAUUAUCAAUGGUGUUCUCCACACUGCCCACUCGUUAUUCAAAAAAUAUCGUUACGAAUUCAAAAGUCAAACUUUGUGGACGGAAAUUAAAUUUGUAUUAGAUCAUUUUGCUAAGCCUCUGACAGAUCUAUUCUUGACGACCAUGAAGUUAACGGAAGUGCAUUCGAAUAAUGUUGAGGCACUCAAAAUAAUUUACAAUUCUCUAGUUGUUUUGUGUAAAGUAUUUUAUUCUCUUAAUUUCCAAGAAUUGCCAGAAUUCUUCGAAGAUAAUAUGGAAGCAUGGAUGUCGAAUUUCUACACUUUGCUCACUACAGAAGUUCCAUUAUUACAAACAGAGGAUGAAGAAGAACCUGGACUACUCGAACAAUUAAAAUCACAAGUUUGUGAUAAUGUUUGUUUAUAUGCCCAUAAGUAUGAUGAAGAAUUUCAAACAUAUUUACCUCAGUUUGUAACGGCUGUGUGGAAUUUACUAACUUCGAAUGUUCAAAAGCCUAAAUUUGAUGCUUUGGUGUCAAAUGCAUUACAAUUUUUAGCAACGGUAGCUGACAGGUCUCAAUACAGACAUCUUUUCGAAGAUCCUGCUACUCUUGGAAGUAUUUGUGAGAAAGUGAUUAUUCCUAAUUUGGAAUUCAAAGCUUCUGAUAAUGAAUUGUUUGAAUUUAAUCCAGAAGAAUAUAUAAGACGUGAUAUUGAAGGAAGUGAUGUUGAUACUAGAAGAAGAGCUGCUUCUGACCUAGUUAAAGUAUUUUCAAAAUAUUUUGAAAAUAAAAUUAUAGAAAUAUUUGGCUUCUAUAUCCAGAUUAUGCUGCAAAGUUACAAAGAUAAACCUGCGGAAAACUGGCAAAGUAAAGAUGCGGCAAUAUAUUUAGUAGUAAGUUGUGUUAGUAAAGGACAAACUCAAAAGCAUGGAGUAACACAAAGCAGUAGACUUGUGUCGUUACCUGAGUUUACACAGGAACAUAUAUUUCCAGAACUCUUGAGACCAAAUGUCAAUGAGUUUCCCGUUCUGAAAGCUGAUGCCAUAAAGUUUGUAAUGACAUUUAGGUCUGUACUACCUCGAGAACACGUAGUAGGCGCUUUGCCAUUACUCAUCAAGCACUUGUCAGCUUCCAUGACUGUAGUUCACACGUAUGCCGCUUGCGCUAUUGAGAAGAUUCUUGCUCUUAGGGAUCAAGAAAAUGCUUCACAGGUGCAGGAAAAGGAAAUCGUGGUCUUAGCAGUAGAUUUAUUGAAUGGGCUGUUUGCCGCCUUAGAGAUUGCUGGUUCUGAGGACAAUGAAUAUGUUAUGAAAGCCAUUAUGCGAAGUUUCGUGAUUUUGCAAGACAAUGUAGUACCUCAUCUUGCUACUUUAUUGCCCAAGUUAACGGAAAAACUUGUUACUGUAGCGAAAAAUCCAAGUCGUCCGAAUUUUAAUCAUUAUUUAUUCGAAACUCUCAGUUUAUCCAUAAAGAUUGUUUGUAAACGAAAUUUGGAAGCUAUUGUGUCUUUUGAGCAAACACUCUUCCCUAUUUUCCAAGCAAUUUUGCAACAAGACGUACAAGAAUUUAUACCAUAUGUUUUCCAAAUUCUUGCACUACUUCUUGAAUUGCGUAGUGAAGCGAACGUUCCUGAACCGUACAUGGCUCUAUUCCCAUGUUUAUUAGCACCAGUAUUAUUUGAAUAUCAGGGAAACAUAGAUCCAUUGAACAGACUGUUGCAAGCUUUUAUUACAAAAGGAGCUCAUCAAAUAAUUGCACAAGAUAAAAUUAGUGCUCUUCUUGGUGUCUUCCAAAAAUUAAUUGCAUCGAAAGCUCAUGAUCACGAAGGUUUCCUACUGAUUCAAUGCAUAAUUCAACAUUUCCCUACAGAAACACUACAAUCUUAUAUGAAACAAGUUUUCAUGCUGUUUUUCCAAAGACUUUCUUCAAGCAAAACAGUGAAAUUUGUAAAGGGCCUUAUCGUAUUCUUUGCUUACUACAUUCUGAAGUACGGUGGCCCUAACUUGAUUUCAAUGGUUGAAGAAAUCCAGACCCAAAUGUUUGGAAUGGUCUUAGAAAGGGUAAUCAUUGCCGAUUUACAAAAAGUUACUGGGGAAAUAGAGAGGAAAGUUACAGUGUUUGGAUACUCGAAUUUAAUCACUAACUGUCCGGCAUUGUUGCAACCACCUUAUAUGUCUUAUUAUCCACAAUUACUGACUUCUGUUGUGGAAUUGCUUGAAACGUCUAACGGUGAUCAAGUAACGAGUGAGGAACAAGUAUUUCCAGAAAUUGAUGACAAUGUAGGUUAUCAUGCAGCUUAUAGUCAGCUUCUAUUCGCCAAAAACGUGAAGCCAGAUCCUUUUACAGCCGUUGGAGAUGUCAGAAUGUUUUUGGCCCAAGGACUCGGUAAAUUAUCAUUGGAUCAAUUAUCUCAAAUUUUAAUUCAGAUACCAGAUCCAAAUGGAAGUCACCUCAAAAAGUAUCUUCAAGCAGCUGGUAUAAAUAUCGCAUAGUGAGAAAAGUAUUGGUUUAAGUCAAUUAAUUCUGUAAUCAAUAAACAUGUGUAAUAACUUUUAAUAGUAAAUUUGCACUAAUAAAUUUUAUUUUUAAAACGUU